AUGUCACCCUGCGAGACUCUCACACUUCCCAGCAAGGGUGCGGUUCCUGGCGCACUCCCUGUGUCGUUGGAAGAGUACGGAGUGAGCACAAACGGGUUCCUCCCGUCAGAGCCGCCAUUAGAGAGGCUUCCGAAUCCGUACUACUCGCCAUGGGAGUCACUCAUAGCCUCUCUCCCGACCUUACUGGAGCAGCAAACAUUCCGGAGCCAGGUAGACCGGCUACCCAUCCUGUCCACCGAGCAUCUGUCCUCAGAGCAGGAAUGGCGACGAGCAUGUGUUGUUCUUGGCUUCCUCGCCCAUGCGUAUAUCUGGGGCGGUGAAACUCCCGCGGAGAUCCUCCCCCCGCCAAUAACCAUCCCCUUCCUCGCGGCAUCUUCCCACCUGGGCAUCCCGCCCGUAGCAAGCUACGCCUGCCUCAAUCUCUGGAACUUCCGUUCCGCCUCCCUCAACCCAGCCAACCUCGACAGCCUGCACGCGCUGCACACCUUCACCGGCACCGAGGACGAGUCCUGGUUCUACAUGGUCUCGGUCGCGAUGGAGGCGCAGGGCGGGUACAUCAUCCCCGUGAUGCUGCACGCAUUGGAAUCUCUCCACCACCACCACCAUCCGGAACAGCAAAGCCCAGCAGUGUACAACACCACCAUCGCCUCCCUCGACGAACUCACCUCCUGCAUCGGCACCCUCGGCAAGCUCCUCGACCGCAUGGAUGAGCGCUGCCGCCCCCCGGUCUUCUACCACCGCAUCCGCCCCUUCCUGGCAGGCAGCAAGAACAUGUCGGCCGCCGGCCUGCCGCGGGGCGUGUUCUACGACGAAGGGGACAACGGCGGCAGAAAGGGGGAGUGGCGUGAGUUGAGGGGGGGCAGUAACGGGCAGAGCUCGCUGAUCCAGUUUUUGGAUCUUGUGUUGGGAGUGGAGCAUGCGGUGCAAGGGAACAGCGGUCCCGAACAGAAACAGUCACAAAGCAGGAGGGGGGAUGGAGCGGGUAAGGAGGGGAGGCGGAUGGGGAGGUAUCCGGGGGGUAUGAGGGCUGGUGUGAGCCGGCUUUUGGGUCUGGAGGAAGUCGGGGAGGGGGAAGGGGGUGGGGGGUUGAGGCAGCAGCAGCUGGCGGUGCGGGAGGCGUUUCAGACGGCGACCAAGGCGCUGGCCGAGUUCAGGAAUAAGCACCUCCAGCUUGUGACGCGGUAUAUUAUCAUCCCGUCGCGGCAGCCGAAUGGGUGCACAGGGCUGAAUCUGGCAACGGUGUCGUCCAAGCUGAGGUCGGAGCCGGGAGUGGAAGGGAGGCAGGGGAGCACCCCGAAGGCCCGGGGGGAGCUGACGGGCACGGGAGGGACGGAGCUUCUGCCGUUUCUGAAGCAGUCGCGGGACGAGACGUUCCAGGCGGGUCAGCUUCAGGUUCGUAAAGUUCUGUCGGUAGAACAUUGA